CUUCUUCCAAAAGAACAGAAACAUUAGGCACCCCUAUAAUUUUGACCGGAGAUUAUUACAAUCGGAGAUGAUGAACGACGAGCAACUUUCUCCUGUCGGAGAAUCGAGUGUCCCAGUUCCAAACAGGAUGCUUAGGCGAUUGAAGAAAGCUAAAUCGAUCUCAGAUUUAUGUCCUGGAUCUGAAGUACUCGACUCCGAAAAACCCGACGGCGAGGAUCUGGGUAAGUUUGAAUUGCAGUCUGCGAAGGGUUUCGAUGGGUUUGAGGAAGAAGACGGGGUUCGAUCUGAUCUCGAGGGUUUGGGUGUGGAGGACGAAGUUACCGCGAGGAAGGUUAUUGAUUUUGAUUCUGUGCCUGAGUUUAACCAGACUCUUGAAGAUCUGAGCGAAAAACCUGAAGAAGACGAAAUCUCUGAUUCGGAAACUAGAGAUGAAAUUAGGGUUUCGGAAACGACGGAAGCUGGAAAGGAGCGGCCAAUUAGUGCGCCUGAGUUUGAUUCCCCAAUCGAGGGAUUGGGUGAGAAAGGUGAAGACGAAAUCUGUGAUUUGGAAAUAGAAGAGGAAAUUAGGGUUUCGGAAACGAAGGAAGCUGGAAAGAAGCGACAAAUUCUGGAGACAAGUGAUGGAGAGGGAAAGGAGAGAAAGAGAGAUAAGAAGAGGAACAAGAAGAGUGACGAUUUUGAUGAGCUACCAGUCUCUACUGCUUCCAUGAACAUGACUAAGAAGGAAAGAAGAGAAUAUCUUGAUCAGCUUCGUGCAGAGAAUCAGAGACUCUUGCGAGAAACUAGAGAUGCUGCCUUUGAACCCGCCCCACUUGUCCGAAAGCCGAUUUCAUCCGUCUUGGAGAAAAUUCGAAGAAGAAAAGAGGAGAUUUCAAAACAAUUCCUUAGCAGGAAGAAAUCCAAAUCUAGCGACUUUUGCGAUGAGGAUGAUUUUGAGGAAGUUGUAGCCGAAGAGACCAAUGAAGAAGAUAUAGAUUUGAAAACUACAAGCAAGCAAAAUUCUGGAGGACAGCAUUGCUUGAAGGACUCUGCAGGUCCGUCAAGAAACUCAGACAGUCCCUCUAACAAAAAAGCUGAAAGUAACCCUACUCAUCAGGAUCCAUCCCUGCGUCCACAAACGAUUAACUCCAGAGAUGAACUUCUAGAGAAGACGUCAAGCAGAUCUUUGGAAGAAGUAAUGACACCGUCGGUAGUUGCCAUGAACCUCAAACUAAACCUGUCUCCUUUGCCUGACAAAUCUUCUGAAGAAGCAGAGUACAUGAAGGAAAAUUCUGAUCCUGAGACCCAUGAUUCAUCUCCUGGCGACCCUGUUAGAAAAUUUAUUGAUGAGGAUGCUGAAGAGGAAGAUGACAGCGACAAUGAUCUACUCCGAUUUGAGGAUGAGGAUGAUGAUGAAGAUGAAGAAGAUGAUGAUCUCAGGGAUAUGAUUGUUAGUCAAUUUAAGGAAGAUCCAACUGAUAAAGAUAGACGUAAUGAACUGCAUCAGAAGUGGCUCGAGCAACAAGAUGCUGCAGGGACAGAGAAACUCUUACAGAAGCUUAAACGUGGUUUGCAGCAUGAUGAAACAUUAUUGUCUGAAGAUGAAGAUGAAGAUGACGAUGCUGAUGAUGACGAGAGGGCUGAAGAUGCUGAUGGUGAAGAAGUGCAAAAACCUGAAGCCAGUGAAGAUAGAGAUGAAGAUGAAGAAGAUCCAAGUCAUGCAAAUUCCAUGCGAAUGACCAUAAAGAAAAUAAAGGAAAUGAUCCCUUUAAUGUUCACAGAUGAAGAUGAUGUUUAUGUGUCAUCUGAUGACGAGGAAAUGGAAAAGAAGCUUCUGCAACAGCGAUUGUACAAGAAAAUGGAGCUAAAGGCCAAGUCUUCGUCAUCCACUGGAGAUGAAAACUCGGAGGAAAUUCUUCGCCACAUCAAGAAGCCUGAGAUCAAGAAGAAAGCAAAACCUUCUUCUUUUAAAGAGAGGGCACUCAUGGAGAUAAACAAAAACCCUGCGGCAUCCAAGUCAUCGUUCUUGGGUAGACUUACAAAGAGUUCAAUUUCAGAAGGAUCUCGCAAGCGCGGUUCAAACGUUGUACGUGGCUAUAUAUUCGAACGUGAUGACAGUAACAGCAAAAGCUCAAACCCAGUGCCAGAUGAACCUUCAGCUCCAGAGACUAUUAUUAAAGAAAAAAGUCGACCAAAAAGAGCUCCGGCAAAAUUCACUGCCUCACAGUCACAAGAGAGAUCAGCAACAUUACAGGCGACAGCAGUGGAGGAGACGAGCACGAGGCAACGAACUACCUUGUACGAGAUUCUAAAGAUGUCAUCAAAGAAAACUUGCUUCAAUUCACGGGAGACAAUGAUAAGCAGCAACCACACCGAGUCUAUAUUUGCUGCUUUCAAACUGGAUAAGAAACCAGUUAAGACGAAUCCACAGGAAAAGAGAUGAAAUCAGUUAAAACAAAAGAUAAAGAGAACAGUGGCAAUGUGUUUUGGAGGAAUUCAGGAUUUUGCCAUACACACAGUUGCAAUGAAACAGCACGUGUGGUGAAUGAACGUGAAUCACUGGA